AUGAUUCCAUUUAUAUCCGCUUCUUCACCUAUCUCUCUCUCUUUCCACCCCUCUCUCUUUCCAUCUACUCUCUCCCUCUCUCUCUAUCCACCUCUCUCUCUAAUUCCACCCUCUCUCUUUUCACCCCCCUCUCUCUCUUUCCAUCUCUCUCUUCCUACCUCCUCUCCUUUUCCACUUCUCUCUCUAUUUCCACCCUCUCUCUUUCCACCCUUCUCUCUUUCCACCCUUCUCUCUUUCCACCUCCUCUCUCUCUCUCUCUAUCCACCUCUCUCUCUAAUUCCACCCUCUUUCUCCCUUUCUACCUCUCUCUUUUCAUCUCUCUCUUCCCACCUCCUCUCUCUAUUUCCAACCUCUCUCUUUUCACCCUCCUUUCUUUCCACCUCCUCUCUCUCUAUCCACCUCUCUCUAAUUCCACCCCUCGUUCUCUUUUUUCCUCUCUCUCUCUCUCUCUUUCUAUCUCUCUCUUUUCAUCUCUCUUCCUACCUCUCUCUCUCCCUUUCCACUUCUCUCUCUAUUUCCAACCUCUCUCUUUUUACCCCUCUUUCUUUCCACCGCCUCUCUCUCUAUCCACCUUUCUCUCUCUAA